UCCCACCCUCCCUGUUCAUCCAUAUCCAUCCUAUUCGGCAGAAUAUAGUUCGCGAGCUGUUCGCGAGGCAAACAGUGGUAAAUGAAUCGAAGCAUCACAAGCUCGGGGGCUUUUCGACGAGUUAGCAAAAAGUCUCUUUCAGGAGGUGUAUUCCUUUAAGAAUAACAGAGAAAGAGUGUUUUACCUCUCGUACAUCGUACAUUCGCUCGUUACCACGAAGACUCAGAUCUCAGCCAGAAUGAGUAUCCAGACGUUGAUCACCAGCUCGAAGGAUCUGCAGAACACCGACGGAUCGGAUUACAUCGUCAAUCCUCAUCACAUUCCCUGUCCGAAAUACGACGAAGCUUAUAAAGAAUCUUUGGAGAAUCCUGAAAGAUUUUGGGGCCAAGUCGCGCAGUGCAUAGAUUGGAGCAAACCAUGGGAAAAAGUGCUCGACAAUACAAGACAACCAUUCACAAAAUGGUUCGUUGGCGGAGAAUUGAAUGCCUGUUACAAUGCGAUAGACAGGCACGUUCUUGCUGGAAAUGGGCACAAAGUGGCAUUGAUUCACGACAGCCCUCAAAUAUCAACGAUCCGGAAAGUAACCUACAACGAGCUUUUAGACAAAAUAUCUUUGUUGGCCGGUGCGUUGGCUGACAUGGGCGUGAGCAAAGGCGACGUAGUGAUUAUCUACAUGCCGUUAAUCCCCGAGACCAUAAUGGCGAUUUUGGCGAUAACGCGGCUCGGCGCGGUUCAUUCUGUCGUGUUUGGCGGUUUCGCGGCGAAUGAAUUGGCCAGCAGAAUAAAUCAUGCGAAGCCCAAGGUGGUGAUCGCUGCCAGCUGCGGCCUGGAACCGUCGAAGAUCAUCCGAUACACGGACAUGUUGAACGGCGCUAUGAAGAUUAUCACGGUGAGAAAGCCGCGGUGCAUCGUGUUUCAAAGGAGACACAUCUGGGAGAGUCUUCUUUUAGAAGGUCAGGUCGAUUGGGACGACGUGAUGAAAAGGUCAAAGCCUCACCCGUGUCAGCCGGUUGAGGCAAACGCUCCUUUGUACAUUUUGUAUACCUCGGGAACAACAGGUCAACCGAAGGGAAUUUUAAGAACAGUCGGUGGCCACUUGGUUUCUGUUUGCUGGACAAUGAAGACGGUGUACAAUAUGGACAAGGAUUCCAUCUGGUGGGUAGCUUCGGAUAUGGGCUGGGUGGUCGGACACUCUUACAUUUGCUACGGACCUUUGCUCUACGGCGCGACCAGCGUGAUGUACGAAGGGAAACCCGAUAGGACACCUGACGCAGCGCAAUACUUUAGACUGAUCGAUCAACACCGCGUGAACGCGUUGUUCUGCGUGCCCACUGCCCUCCGCGUUAUAAGACGUGCCGAUCCGGAGCUGUUACUGGGUCGAAAGUACUCGAUGAAGUCUUUGAAGAGCGUGUUCGUCGCCGGGGAAUUUUGCGACUACGAGACGAAAAUCUGGGCGGAAAAGGCGUUCAAGGUACCGAUUCUGAACAACUGGUGGCAGUCGGAAACGGGGCAUCCCAUCACGGCGUUGUGCCUUGGAUACGGGCACAGCCCUAGCUUGCCGAGAUACAGCACCGGCCUUCCGAUUCCUGGUUAUCACAUUGACAUACUACGAGAAAACAGCAGCGAGGCGGAGGCUCACGAAUUAGGUAGAAUCGCAAUAAAAUUACCGUUACCGCCCGGCUGCCUGUCGACUCUCUAUCAAAAUGACGACAGAUUCGAGGAAAUAUACUUCUCCACGUACCCAGGUUAUUAUGAUACCAUGGAUGUUGGCUACAAAGAUGAAUUCGGAUAUGUUUACGUGAUGGCGCGCGACGAUGAUGUUAUCAAUGUCGCCGGUCACCGAUUGUCCACGUCCGCCCUGGAAGACGUCGUGCUGGCUCAUCCCGACGUCGUGGACGCCGCUGUAAUUGGCGUACCAGAUCCGACCAAAGGAGAGAUACCUUUGUGUCUUUACAUAAUGAAACAGGAAGCGGAGAAGAACGAGAAACAGAUUAACGAGGAGUUGGUCGCGCGAGUGAGAACCUUGAUCGGUCCUAUAGCAUCGUUUAGAACAGCAGCAGCUGUGAAAGCACUGCCACGAACACGUUCAGGAAAAAUAAUCCGCAAAUCUAUCUCUAACUUGGCACGAUCCAUGCUAGUUAAGAUUUCGAGUGCGGUGGAGGACGCAUCGGUAUACGUUGACAUUAAAGAAGUACUUCAGAAGCUUGGUUACGCUAAAUUAGCGCCGGAUCCUCAAUGAUAAGUGCAGUGACUCUUAUCCUGUCUAUUAUAUAUAUUUUAAUAAUCAUAUAUAAAAUGUAAUAAACGUAUGUAGUUGACACGUGUAGAAAAGUGUCUUCAGAAAAUUGAGAGAAAUUGUUUUUGCUUGUGAUCGAGUUGAAAUUUUUUCAUGAGCCAUCGGAAACAGUAAAUAAAUUUAAGAUUUCAGCAACUCGUGCAGUCUGCCUUUGCCAACCUUUCAAUUGAACAAUGCGAUUACAAAAAAUCAUGGAACAGACUUUUUAUAUUUUUUCUAGUAUCGUGGAAGAGAAAAAGUAAAUGGAAAAUUAAUUCUAUCAAAUCUGUCAUCUCUGUUUAAAUGUAUCAUGCUGUCGUUUCUAUCUUGCAUUACUGAAAUUAUGGCGAAUGAGAAGAAAAAAGGAAAAAAUUUAUUAUUUUUUUAAUGUUUCGAUUGCAAUAUUAAUGAUUUAAAAAAAAACAUAGCAAUCAUAAAACAAACGUUACCGAACAAUUUAUAGGAAUGAAAUUAAUUGUUUCUGAUUAGUUUUGUCUGUUAGUAAACGGAUCCAAUGUGAAAUUUAAAGCGAAAGAUAACAAUAGAUGUAAAAUAAAUAAGCAAA